GCUCGUGACAUGACUCCAUCAGGAAAGUCGUUGCUCUGGGAAAUGAGGCGCGGGAGACUGUCAAAAAUGGCGAAGACCGUUUAUGUGCCACGAUUUGGCUCUCAAUUGCAUGGCAGCCAAACAAACGAACCAAAGGAAUAUUUGAUAGAUCUACCACCCACUUGUACACAGAAGAAACAAUACGAGAACUGUUUGUCAUCGAAAAAGGGACAAUUUACAAGAUCUCGCAACUACGUUAAAAACAAGCAAACUAACAAUGAAAACAAAUCUGAAGCAUCACCUAUAGGCCUACUGCAAUACAGUUGUAGGUCUGUGUCUCAAACGAGGAGGGCUUUGGACUGCGAAAAAGAGGAAUCCAAAUCGACGAGCCAGGGGACGGUUUUCGACCCCGAAUGGGAAGAAGAACUUCCUCUUUCUGAACCCAGCCAACUCCACAAAACAGAUACUCUUAAUGAAAAGCUCAAACCUGCCGUUCUGAGAACAAUCGCGAAGAUGCUGCGUGAGAACAGGUACAUCCGGAGGAGGCUUCUCUCCCUCAGCCAGGCCAGUCGCCCUCUGACCAGAGUCCCGGCGGGGCGCUCCCACCGAAGGGACAACUCCUUAACCCGCUAACGUAUGCCUUUAAUGUUUCACUAGGAAUUUAGUUGUUUCAGAUUUGAGUUGUCAGUUGGACCUACUUUUAAUUAAAAAGGCUUAACCUGAACUAUAAUAAGGCCGUGCUGUAAGACCAAAUGCUAGGCUAAAUGUUGAUUGUUGGUACAUGUUGAUGGUAACCACCAAAGGCCGGUUAGUUAAUACAUAGUCUUAAUAUAUGCCUAUACCGAAUGUGUUGGUAGGUAUUUAGUUGUUGCAGAUGUCUGUUGUUGCCAGUUGCACAGUUUGACCAACACCGGUAAUUUCCUUCAUAUUGUAAUAAAUCUCGAUUUAGGCCAUCUUGUUGGCCUAUAUAUAAGGGGGGGAAGGUGGAAGAUAUUACCCAAAGAUGAAUGUUAUUGUAUCGGAAACAAUCUGCAAAGUUGUUUGAUAGUGGAAAUUAAAGUGUUACUUUAGUAAAUAAGGGUCA